GAGCAAAAGAAGCAGCAGCAUCAAGCUAAGGUCCAUGACGGAGUGACUGAACUGGCAAAGCUACACUACCAGCAGUAUCACACUCGCCGCAACGAUGCCGUUUUGCGACCAAGGAGGCCUCCCAAGCCGGUUGAUGAAGACCUCUACAAGAUACCACCUGAGCUCCUUCACUCUACCAAGCGGGUGUCAAACAUAUAUUCUCAAUCUCAUACUAUAAUAUGAAAUUCUGACUCAUACUCUGUUCUUCACCAUCCUGUCUGUUGUGAUGAUUGGUGUCAAGAGGCAGAAGGAUCCCCGUGACAGUAUCCACCAUGGUGGAUGGAUGAUGAAAGUCACUUGCUGGUUCCUCUUGGUGCUCUUCUCCUUGUAUUUCGUGCCAAAUGGGUUUAUUAGUUUCUAUGAGACAAUUGCAAAGUUUGGCUCAGGAUUCUUUCUUCUCGUACAAGUUGUGCUUCUGUUGGAUUUUGUUCAUGGAUGGAACAACAAAUGGGUUUCAUAUGAUGAGCAGUUCUGGUAUGUUGCUCUUUUUGUUGUUUCUCUAGUUUGUUAUCUGGCAACAUUCGUCUUCUGUGGACUUCUUUUCCAUUUGUUCACGCCAUCUGGACAUGACUGCAGACUCAAUACCUUCUUCAUCGUAAUGACUCUGAUAUUCGUUUUCGUUUUUCUUAUAGUGGCACUGCAUCCUACUGUAGGUGGCAGCAUUUUACCCGCGUCAGUUAUAUCUGUGUACUGUACAUAUCUCUGCUAUAGUGCACUUGCUAGUGAGCCGAGGGACUAUGAGUGCAAUGGUCUCCACAAGCAUUCUAAAGCUGUUUCCACUGGGACUCUUACCUUAGGUUUGCUUACCACUGUUCUUUCUGUGGUUUAUUCUGCUGUGCGUGCUGGAUCUUCCACAACUCUUUUGUCCCCGCCUAGUUCACCUCGUGCAGGUGCUGGGAAACCACUGCUCCCAUUGGAUAAGCCGGAAGAACGUGAAGAAAAUGAGAAAGCCAAGUCAGCUGAUUGAUGUGGGGUGGCCGUCCGUCUGGGUGAGGGUCAUGCCUAGUUGGGCAACUGCAGAUCUCUACAUCUGGUCCCUUUUGGCUCCAAUUCUGUUCCCUGAGAGGGAAUUCUAAAAUCCUGCCAGAGAUACGAAGAAAACUCGAUCUUCGAGUAUGUUUGAUUUGUGUAAUGUGUAUGCCUUUCCUAAAAAAAGCACCGUUUGCUCUGUAAAUAAAAUCUGUAUCUACUUCUGGAACAACCAAAUUUCUUUAAUUUUUGCGGGUUUGAUAUAUGCUGCAUGAAGUUGAUUGCUUUCCUGGGAAAUAAAGUUGAACCUGAUGUUGG